AUGUGCCUAAAAUCAUUUACACUUUUCGCGCUCUUCGCGGGAGCCCUGGCGCUGCCUGAAUCGACGAAAUCCCUUGGUGCCCGCGCUGCUACUUGCACGCCAAAAGCAGGGGGCUCUUCGUCUACAGACGAUGUGCCAGCUAUCACGUCUGCAAUUUCAUCAUGCGGAAAAGGGGGGACUAUUGUCAUCCCUGUUGGGACAACCUAUUAUUUGAACAGCGUACUCGACUUCGCAGAUUGCGCUGGGUGUGACUUCCAAGUCGAGGGACUGCUGAAAUUCAGUUCGUCGACGGAUUACUGGAAAGGCCGCACGGCGAUGAUCAAUGUCAAGAACAUCGAUGGUAUCAAAAUCCGAUCGGUGACGGGCAAGGGAGUCAUUGACGGCAAUGGACAGAAUGCAUGGGAUCUGUUUGCCAAAGACACCAGCUAUGCCCGCCCAACACUCCUCUAUAUCACCGGAGGUUCGGAUAUUGAAAUCUCGAACUUGCGCCAAAAGAACCCACCCAACGUCUUCAACUCCGUCAAGGGAGACAGCAAGAGAGUUUCUUUUAGCAAUCUCAAGAUGGACGCCACGUCGAAAAGUGACAAUGAACCUAAGAACACAGAUGGCUUUGAUAUCGGCGCCAGCACAGACGUCACUAUCAAGAACGUGAACGUGAGCAACGAUGACGACUGCGUGGCGUUCAAACCAGGAUCUGACGGGGUCACUGUCACGGACAUUACCUGCAUCGGCAGCCACGGAUUGUCUGUUGGAUCAUUGGGUAAAAGCUCUGAUGAUUUCGUGAAGAACGUGUAUGUAUCUGGGGCAACAAUGAUCAAUUCGACCAAGGCUGCCGGAAUCAAGACCUACCCAUCUGGUGGAAAGCAUGGUGUUUCAACCGUGAGCAAUGUCACAUUCACAGAUAUCUCGGUUGAUGGGUGUGACUAUGCGAUUCAGAUCCAGAGCUGUUAUGGAGAGGAUAGCGAGUACUGCGCCAAGAACCCUGGAAAUUCGGAUUUGACAGGUAUCGUCUUUGAUAAGUUCAGCGGAAAGACCAGUGGGAAGUAUGAUGCUGUUACGGGAAAUCUGAACUGUGGAUCUGAGGGGACAUGCGAUGUCCAUGUGAGUUCCUAUACCGUUAAACCCCCCUCUGGGCUGGCUAAGGUGUUGUGUGCCAAUACUCCUUCAAAUUUGGGAACGACCUGCACAUCAGGUGCUUCUGGGUGA